AUGAGCACGCCUGGAGAGCCAUCUCAGCCAGACCCUGACGGAUGUAAAGGCACCAUGGGUGCAGACGAGUAUGCCAAGUGUCUUCAGUGGCUGACGCAUCAGUUUGAAACCAUUGCGGGAGAAGACCAGGAGAUCAACCUGCAAGAAUUCAAAACAGCUCUGAAUGUGAAAGAGUCCUUCUUCGCGGAGCGAUUCUUCACCCUGUUUGACUCUGAUGGAAGCGGCACCAUCACCCUCCAGGAGCUGCGGGAGGACCCCAUGGACAAACUCAAAUUCCUCUUCCAGGUGUACGACGUCGAUGGCAGUGGCUCCAUCGACGCGGACGAGCUGCGCACCGUGCUGCAGUCGUGCCUGCGCGAGAGCGCCAUCUCGCUGCCGGACGAGAAGCUGGACCAGCUGACGCUGGCGCUCUUCGAGUCGGCCGACAAGGACGGCAACGGUGCCAUCACCAUCGACGAGCUCCGGGACGAGCUGGAGAGCUUCCCCGGAGUCAUGGAGAACCUCACCAUCAGCGCUGCCCGCUGGCUGACGCCCCCUGCCGCCCGUUCUCGGCCGCGCCGUCCGCGCCCGCUGACGCUCGCCCACUGGCACAACCACCGCAGCCCGCUGCUCUGCCUGGCGGUCUACGCCGGCCUCCACGUGCUGCUCUUCACGCUGGCGGCCAGCGCGCACCGGGCCCUUGGCACCAGCGUCAUAGUGGCCAAGGGCUGUGGCCAGUGCCUCAACUUCGACUGCAGCUUCAUCGCGGUGCUGAUGCUCAGGCGCUGCCUCACGUGGCUUCGGGCCACAUGGCUGGCUCAGGUCCUUCCACUGGACCAGAACAUCCAGUUCCAUCAGCUCAUGGGCUACGUGGUGGUCAGGCUGUCCCUCUUGCACACUGUGGCCCACGUUGUGAAGUUUGCACUCCAGGCUCAGUCCAAGGCCAGCCCCUUCCGGUUCUGGGAGCUGCUGCUCAGCACAAGGCCUGACAUUGGCUGGGUAUACGGCUCAGCCUCCCCGACUGGUGUCGCUCUGCUGCUGCUGUUCCUCCUCAUGUUUGCCUGCUCCAGCUCAUGCGUCCACAGGAGCAGCCACUUCGAGGUAUACUAUUGGACCCACCUGUCCUACCUUCCCAUGUGGCUCUUGCUCGUCUUACAUGGGCCCAACUUCUGGAAGUGGCUUCUGGUCCCUGGCAUAUUGUUCUUCCUGGAGAAGGCCAUCGGGCUGACAGUGUCCCAUAUGGUGGCCCUGCACAUCAUGGAAGUCAAUCUCCUCCCUUCCAAGGUCACUCAUGUCGUCAUCAAGUGGCCCCCUCUUUUCCACUAUAGGCCUGGAGACUACUUGUACCUGAACAUCCCCACCAUUGCUCGCUACGAGUGGCACCCCUUCACCAUCAGCAGUGCUCCUGAGCAGAAAGACACCAUCUGGCUACACAUCCGGUCCCAAGGCCAGUGGACAAACAACCUGUAUGAAUCCUUCAAGACAUCAGACCUAGUGAGCUGUGAUUCCAAGAGGCUGUCGAGGAGUUUAAGGAUGAGAAGAAGUCAGAAGAGGCCCCAGGUCUCUGAGAUGUCCUCAGAGAACCACCAAUUCUGUAACAUCAAGUGCUAUGUCGACGGGCCCUAUGGAACCCCCACCUGCAGGAUCUUCACCUCUGAGCAUGUGGUGCUCAUCGGGGUGGGCAUUGGCAUCACCCCCUUUGCUUCCAUCUUGCAGAGUUUCAUGUACAGGCACCAGAAAAGAACGCACAUUUGCCCCAAAUGCCAAUACUCCUGGAGGGAGGGCGGCCAGGAUGACGACAUGAAGCUCCACAAGGUGGAUUUUAUCGGGAUCAAUCGAGACCAGAGGGCUUUUGAGUGGUUUGUGAGCCUGCUGACCAAACUGGAGCUGGACCAGGCCGAGGAGACUCCAGAUGGCCGCUUCCUAGAGCUGCACAUGUACAUGACUUCUGCACUGGGCAAGAACGACAUGAAGGCCAUAGACCUGCAGAUGGCCCUUGACCUCCUGGCCAAGAAAGAGAAGAAGAACUCCAUCACAGGGCUCCAGACACACACCCAGCCUGCACAGCCAGACUGGAGCAAGGUGUUCCAGAAAGUGGCUACUGAGAACAAGGGCAAGGUGCAGGUCUUCUUCUGUGGCUCCCCAGCUCUGGCCAAGGUGCUGAAGGGUCAUUGCGAGCAGUUCGGCUUCAGAUUCUUCCGAGAGAACUUCUAG